AUGGCGUCAAGUAGUGUCAGAGCCCAGAGGGUUUCGAACGUAUCUCAGCGCUUCCUGGAGACUUGGGCGUCACUUCAAGUGGAGUUCCAGGGAUGCUACUCUCCCCAACGACUGCUGCAGCUACAGUCCUAUUCGGCUGGACUAGGUAGCCUUCGGUUGGUGAUGCUUUGUGUACUAACGCCGUUGUCGUUCCUCUUCCUGAGUUUGCUGGGCGACGUGGUUUCGCUGCCGCCACUGGAAGCUGGCGCGUCCCGGAACUGGUUCGUGUUUGCUCGGGGGUGGGCUCUUACGGGCUUCAUCGGAGCUAGUGUGCUCGUCCAGAUCGGCCAAGGCGUGAGUCAACUGAGAAUGACCGCACGGCAGGUGAUUUCUAUUUCGUUCCUCGCUGCUACAGUCGCCAUCGCGUCUGUGGCGUUGGCCAGCAGUCUGACUGUUUUCCCAUUGCCGUUUGGAGCCCUCUUUGCGGGGCCCCCUUGUGUGAUUGUGAUCGGUACGAAUCUCGGCAUCGAUUGGAAGCUGAUCCAGCACUGCGAGCUCAACUGA